GGAAAAGUACCAGGAGAUUUCAAACACCGAGGCUACGCGGGAACAAAGCAAUGCAGCCAAAAAAGCUUCAGACAAAAACCAGCGAAGGUUGACAGCAGCUGCCCAUCUUCUAGAAGUCAUCCAAGGACUGGAGCAGGCCCACAAGGCUUUUGAACAUCAAGAAGGUGGGGAGAAACCAGGGACUGGCACUCUCCCACCUCCCUAGGUGGCAUCAUCUCCCAUUGGGAACCAGUUGUUUUGUCUAUGUUGUAAUGAUGACGUCGUCUUUACAUCUGUUUGGAGAAGAAAGCAACGACCUACACUGCAGAUUAUGCUCCUGCUGAACAAUGUCCCUUUGGAAGGAGAACGAGAGAACUGAGAAGAACAUGGGAGAAAUUACAACACCUUUCUGCUCAACCAGUGUUGCACAUGAAUCUUUCUCAGAAAAAUGGGAUGGGAGUCCAGGUUCUGCUUACCACAGAGAUGGAAGGAAGUUAGUUCCUCUGGCCCAUAAGUUUCUUGUAGUCCAGAUUGUGAAGAUCUCUUUCUCUCUCCCCUCCCUCUGUUUUGUCUCUCUCUCUCCUCUUCUCUAUCUCCCUCCCUCCCCCUCUCCCCCUCUCCUAUUCAAUCAUCUAACUAUAUGUCUAUGAAUCUAUUGUCCUAAAUUUUUCUUCUUCUUUCUUUUUCUUUCUUUCUUUCUUUCUUUCUUUCUUUCUUUCUUUCU